AUGCUACGCAAAGCACAACCACUAUAUCGUCGAGCCAUGUCCUCAUACAUCAUUACUUUCAAAGACCACGUCAAAGAGGCCGAUGCCUCCAAGAUCAAGAGCGCUAUCUCCUCUCUGGGUGGGAGUAUCGUCCAUGAAUACUCUUUAAUUAAGGGUUUUGCUGUCAAGCUUCCAGAAUCUGUGCACAUCGACAAGAUCAAGCAGCUGUACGGCCACUCUUUCGCCAAUGUGGAGGAAGACAAGGAGGUCAAGGCCUCGUCCUAG